UUUGGCGACUUCACGCUUGCGUACAGAGUACUCGACCGCUGAUGCAAGAGAUUUUCGGCGUUGUGAGUGGUGUUGGACUGUGUGAGAAAUAAAGUAGCUCGAUCUCAGUAACGUUUAAGCCCGCAAAAAUGUCAGGAGACGAGAUGAUUUUUGAUCCCAACAUGACUAAGAAGAAAAAGAAGAAGAAGAAGCCUUUCAUGCUGGAUGAGGAUGGAGGAGAGGGGAUGGGGGGAGAAGAGGCUAAAGAGGUGGAGGUGAAGGAGGCAGAACCAGAAGCUGGAGAGGACAGGGAACUUGAUCUGGAUGAAGAUGAAGGCAGGAAGAAAGAGCCAUCUGAUGAUUUGAAUGACUUGAACUUCUUCAAUCAAAAGAAAAAGAAGAAGAAACCCAAGAAAGUAUUUGAUAAUGAUGUAGAGGAGGGUUUAAAGGAGCUGAAAAUUGAAGGAGAGCAGACAGAGAUGCCAGAGGAGGAUAACCUGGACCUGAUGCUUCCAACCAAAAAGAAGAAAUCAAAGAAAGUAGACUUUGAUGAAGGAGAGACACUGGAGAAGGAUGAAGCUCUGGAGGACGAUGAGGGCAAAAAUAAUGAUGGAAUCUCUUUCAGCACCAGCACAGGACCAGCCUGGGCUGGCUCAAAGAGAGACUAUACUUAUGAUGAGCUUCUGAAUCGGGUCUUCAACAUCAUGCGAGAGAAGAACCCAGACAUGGUGGCUGGAGAGAAGAGGAAGUUUGUUAUGAAGCCUCCUCAGGUGGUCCGAGUGGGAACCAAAAAAACCUCGUUUGUCAACUUCACAGACAUCUGCAAACUGUUGCAUCGUCAACCCAAACAUCUCCUUGCUUUCUUGUUGGCCGAGCUUGGAACAAGUGGUUCGAUUGAUGGAAAUAACCAGCUUGUUAUCAAAGGCAGAUUUCAACAGAAACAGAUAGAAAAUGUGUUGAGAAGAUAUAUCAAGGAAUACGUGACUUGUCACACCUGCCGCUCCCCAGAGACCAUCCUUCAGAAGGACACUCGCCUCUAUUUCCUGCAGUGUGAAACGUGCCACUCCCGCUGUUCUGUUGCCAGCAUCAAGACUGGCUUCCAGGCUGUUACGGGCAAGAGGGCACAGCUCCGCGCCAAGGCCAACUGAUGACCAUCAAUACUGUGCUCCUCCUACUCUUGGCCUCCUUUUUUCAAUCAGAAUUACUGAGGUCUGGGUUGGAAGCUUCUGAUUCACUAAAGGACUCUAAAUGGAAUUGUGGAAGGUUUUUCUUGUAGUUUACACUGUGUUCUAACAGCAUGUAAUGCAAGCCUCUGCGACAAAGUUAACUUGAUUCCUACCAAAUGCAUUGUCCUCACGGCUUGCAAGCUAUGAAGUGCACCCAUGGUGCAACUUUUUUUUAUUGUUGCUUUGUUUCUAUUUUCCUCUCGUGUUGCCACUGAUGAGGAACAAAGCUAGAGAGAGAUGACAAAGUACCAGGAGUGUCUGACAGGAAUAUUCUCGUGAUUUUUCUUUGACUUCAAGAGCUAAAUAGCUUGUUUUAUCAAAGGGAAAAUCAUGGUGCAGUUAAAAUAUCCAUAUUUAAGACUGACUUGUUGUGCUAUGACUUGGGUUAACACAGUGGCAAAAUGAGACAGCUGUCCUUUGUUGAAGGCAUUUCAAUACAUGUCAUAAUUUAACACUGGGAAAACUGAAAUGUUCAGUGCACAGAAAUAUUGAACAGAUGCCGUGUGGAGAGCAAAUGUGCAGUGUUGUACAUUACAAGGCAGUAUCUGAUGGCUGCAUGCUUUUAGGACACAGUGUAAGUUUUAUCAGGACCUGACCAGGAAAAGAUGGGGAAAGUAUCUAGUGCUGACUGAUGGGUUUCAUGUAUUAACUCAUAUGUACCACAUAAAAUGGUUGAUUUAUUUAAUAGGUUGGCUUGUGGAUGAACCCUGCACCUAGAUUUUUUCUUCGAUUUUGAUUUCUGCAAGACAAUUUUGAUUUAA